UGGCAACUCAUCACGUAAACAAAUACACGUCAAGAAUUGUUCAGAAGGGAGCGAGAAGAUUACCAUAUUUUUUACAUUUUCCUCCUUUUUUAUCUACUUUUGUCAUUUUCCUCCAUAUCACAACCACGACACAGGUCGACGCCUCACCAGCCCGCUCAUUUAGAGGUAGAACGCCGCCAUGGUGCGUGUGGUGUUCCUUCACCCAGACCUGGGCAUUGGUGGUGCAGAACGCCUUAUUGUGGAUGCAGCUUUAGCCCUCAAACGCAAGGGUCACCAGGUUACUGUGUUCACCAGCCACCAUGACCACAGCCAUUGUUUCCCAGAGACUGUUGAUGGCCAGCUAGAGGUCCACUGUGCAGGUGACUGGCUUCCCCGGUCAACCUUUGGCAAGCUCUAUGCUCUUUGGGCUUAUGUAAGGAUGAUAUACCUGGCACUCUAUUUGGUUCUCUUUAGCAAGCUAGAGUAUGAGGUGGCCUUCGUGGAUCAGGUGGCAGCCUGCAUCCCUUUUCUCAGGCUUAAAAGACAGAGUAAGGUUGUCUUCUACUGCCACUUCCCUGACCUCCUUUUAGCAAUGGGGGGUGAGGAGAGGGUAGGCAGGAUGGCCAGGAGAAUGGCCAAUGAGGGGGUGACGGAGAAGGAAAUUGAGGAGGAGACAGGGAUAAGAAAGAGACAGAUUGAAGACACAGAAGGCAUGAAAGAAGAGAAAAACAAAGAAAAGGAGGAUAAAGUAGAUGAAGACUGGAAGAAAAAGGAGAGCCCAAAGUCCUCCCUCUUGAGAAAGUCAUACCGCUUCAUCCUAGACAAGGUGGAAGAGUGGACGACUGGGCAGUCUGAUUGCAUCCUCGUCAACAGCCAUUUCACAGCAGGAGUCUUCAAGGAGACUUUUAAAUCACUCAAGGUAACGCCCCAGGUGGUGUACCCAUCUCUAGACUUUGAGAAAUUCACACCCUUUGAGUCCCUCUCUCUUGAGGAUGUGGGAUUGGACCGCAUCCUGCCCCAACAUCCCGCAAAACCCAUCAUCUUUCUCUCCCUCAACCGCUUUGAGAGGAAGAAGAACCUACCACUGGCCCUUGAGGCACUCAAGGUCCUGCUUGAGGGGGACCUGGGUGACAAUGGCCAAGACCAAAAAGACCAGAAAGGAGACAUUCUGCCUUCUCUCUCAGACCUCCUUCCCCUCGACCCUGAUAUAUCAUCAAGGAUUCUCCUUGUAGUAGCAGGUGGGUAUGAUUAUCGUGUCCAGGAAAAUGUCCAGCAUCUGGAAGAGCUGGAGUCAUAUGCCUCUCGCCUCGGCAUCUCUGAACGGGUAGUAUUCCUACGGUCACCUCCAGAGCCCCAGAAGGCUGUUCUGCUGCGAGUAGCAAGGGGACUACUGUACACACCAGAAGCUGAGCACUUUGGCAUUGUCCCCCUUGAAGCAAUGUCCCUAGGGACCCCUGUGCUAGCUGUUGCUGGAGGGGGUCCUCGUGAGACAGUUGUGCAUGGGAGUACAGGGUUCCUCCUCCCUCCAGGAGAGGCAGGAGGUUUUGCCAGGGCCAUGGCGGUAUUGGCUAGUGAUUCCGAGAGGGAAAAAGACAUGGGGAUUAAGGGACGGGAGAGGGUCCUCAGGGAAUUCUCCAGUCAGAAGUUUGAGGAGGAGCUAGACAGGGUAGUGAAGGGAGCAUGGAAGGGUCAGAAAUAACUUGUGUGUACUAAGUACAAUCAGAUGUACUAAUAGUGAGCGAAGAAAAAAGUAAGAUGGAAAAAAAUAAUGAGUUCUGGUGGUAAAAAAAGAAUUUUAAAAAAUUAAGUAAAGCCAAGGAUAAAGCCAGAAAAAAUUAUUCAGAAACAAAAGAAAUUGGUAGUAAGCGAGAGGAAGAAAAUUGGUGAUUGAAACAGAAAAAAAGAAAUUCUAGUUUGACUGUGAUAUAUUUGCAAAAAAA